GUGCGGAAUUUUCUAUAUAUAUUUUGUAGAAUCUGGUUUUAUCAUUAAAUAUGUUUUAGAUCGUUAGGUGGUUCGUAAAAGUUUGUAAAUUCUUGGUGGAAAUACUUUUGUGAUUUUUUUGCAUGGGAGAAACAACAUGAACAUUCGAAACUCAACGCCAGCUGAUUUGAUGAACAUGCAGCAUUGCAACUUACUUUGCUUGCCCGAAAACUACCAGAUGAAAUAUUACUUUUACCAUGGUUUAUCAUGGCCACAACUAUCAUAUGUUGCUGAAGACGCAAAGGGGAAUAUUGUGGGCUAUGUCCUCGCUAAGAUGGAAGAAGACCCGGAUGAAGCAACCCAUGGACAUAUUACUUCACUGGCUGUAAAGAGAUCCCACCGCAGACUUGGUUUAGCACGCAAAUUGAUGGACCAUGCAUCACGUGCCAUGGUGGAAUCGUUUAAAGCUAAAUACGUCUCACUCCAUGUGCGAGUUAGCAACAGAGCAGCAUUGAGACUUUACGCACACACGCUCAAGUUUGAACAGAGCGAAGUAGAAGCAAAGUAUUACGCGGAUGGUGAAGAUGCCUACGCCAUGAAACGGGAUCUAACUAAACUACUCGAUGAGUUCAGUGAACCAAAGAAACUUUUUCUUCCUUUUCGUGAAAAACAACCAGCCCAAGUUACCCCGCAAGUUGCUGUGAUAGAAGACACCACAGAAGACUUUGUGGACAACGAGAACUCGCAAUCUGGACUCAGUGUGUUAGCAGAAGACAACCUUAUUAAAGAAUUUAAAGACUCUGCCUCCAUGACUUAGUUUAAAUCCUGCUUGUGUUGAUUCUAACAGAAUGCAUGUUGAGUGAAUGUGAAUGCAUGUCAUUGUAUUUCACAAUUUCGCGGUUCAUAGUUUUAUAAACACACAGAGAUUGGUGCUUUCUUAAAAAAAACAUCGUUCUGAUCAAAAUGCGUUGGAAAAAAAUGUGAAGUUUUUCAUCAAUCGUUGCUAUGAGAGUAAAUUUUUUAUUACAAAUUUAAAAAACGAUGGAGGUAUUAAAUGAAACUAUGUAUCUUUUCUUGUGGACAACUUAAUACAUUAUACCUAAGUUGUAUAAUAUUAUAACAACCUUGUCACAAUUAAAGCUUUUAUUUACGGC